AUGCUCUAUCUGCUUCGCCAUUCCGGGGCCAGCAGGGACUUCGCGAACCAACUGCGGCCGCUGUCGGAGGUCAAGCGCAGAGGCAGGUGGAUGAGCGAGGCGUCGGUCCGACGCUACGAGAAGGGCGGAAGGCUUGCGGAGCAGUUCAGCAAGUUGCCGCCCGACCUGGAGAAGCACGCCCUCAGGUGCCACCGCGCGCUCCCAGAGGUUCUCUUAGGGGGGCGCGCUGCCCCGCCGUUCCAGGCGCGCUCACGGCGAGGGUGUUCUUGGAGAUAUUCGCCAGGUCAGGGCGCCUCAGCCGCGCGAUGGCGCGUCGCGGCUAUCACGUGCUGGCUUGGGACCCGAAGCACGGCCCCGACUUCGACUUGCGGGAGCCACGGAAGCGCCAACUAA